AUGAGAUGGCUUGACUUCGACGGUCGACACUACUCCUUGGAUUUUCCCUUGGACCGAGUCUUCACAAAGAACCAGUCCCGCUUACCGAAUGCGCUGUUUCAGACUCACCAUCGCUCCCAGACUCUCGAGUCCUUGGUUGGUUGCACACUCCAUAUGGCGGCUCUUCUGAGCUCAGGUCAAUGUGGACUGCAACCAGCCCUUCAACCCUCGAUCGAUGCCCACCUUUUGGUUGCACACUCCACAUGGCGGCUCUUCUAA